AUGUCAACAACUGAAGAGCACAUUAAAAAGAUUAUUAUAAAUCAAAACCAAAAGCCAAUUGAAUACCACAACACAAAAAAAGAAGGAGAGGUAUAUACUAAAUCAUGGGUACACUAUCCAUAUUCUUACAAGGAUACAUUUAAUAAAUUAGAUUCAGAGAAGAUUAAACCAUUUUGUAAAGGCAAUGACAAAUCGCUUCAAGAAAUUUAUUUAAUAGUUAAAGGGAUUAGUAGAACAUUAUUAAGUGAGAUUAAUGUAUCAAGAAUUAACUUACAAAAUGAAAAUAAGAUAAUUAGAUUUGAAUGUCUUAUAUGUGACAUUUUAGAAACAGCAAUUAAAUAUGAACAUAGACUUCCUGAAAUUACAUUAGAAGAUUUUGUUCUUAGUGAUGAAAGAAAUAAAGUUUAUGCAUAUGGAGAACUAUUUUAUUUAUUAAAUCUUUAUUCUGAUAGUAUUGAAUGGUUCUUCAUCGGUUUUGAUCCAACAAAAAGUAAUAUUAAACCAAUUAACUUAAAUAAUGUUUGUUUAAAUUUACAAAGAUUAUUUGAAUUGUGCAAUGGAAAAGAGUCUAAUUACAAUGAAAUUAAAAUGUUUCUAUUUGAUUUACAUCAUAUGAACUCUAUCCAAAAUAUUCUUCAACAUGAAUAUUAUCAAAAAAUUUAUAAUAGAAAACAUGGAGUUAGAAUAAAUUCUAAAGAUUUAUUUUUCAUUUCUAUAAAUGGAACAGAAGUUCCUUUUAUAGACGUCAUUAAUUCAGAACCUAUUAGUAUGUCAUCUAAAACUUUUUUAGAAGGAAAGGAUAAGUCUUCUCGUAUUCAAAGUGUUGGUAAAGGAGGAGCUGCAUUUAUUUUUAAAGGAAAGUUAAGAACUAAAGAAAAUGAAAUGGUAGAUGUUUCAAUUAAACUAUUUAAAAAUUUUAAAAAUAAUCUCUAUGACACUAAAUGGAUUUUUAAAAGAGAAAAAGGAAUGAAACUUUGGGCAGAUACCACAUUACAAGAUGAAUUACAAACUCCAAAUUUUGAAUUAGAAAAUAAUACAAUAAAAGCACUAACAUAUAUCAUUGAUAUAUUAUCAUGUGCAAUUAAUUUUAAAAAUCUAAGUUGUUUUAAUAGGGAUUACAAAUUAAAUAAUAUCUUUAUUAAAUCGGGAAGAGCUCUUGUUGGUGAUUUAGGUACUGCAAUUGCUCUUUCUCCAACUAAUCCUGGAGAAACCAAAAUGUUCACUCCAUGCAUGCUUCCUUGCGACUGGGUUGAGGCUGAAGAUAAAACAACUAAUGAUAUUUAUUCUAUUGGAAUAACACUAUCUAACUUCUUAAUGAACCAAACUAACACCGAAAUACUACGAAUUGAAGCUAUUAAGUCAAAAGAAAAAGCUUUACUCUCUGAAAGUACUUUUGUUCAGCAACUAUGUCUUGUUGUUAGUAAUGUACAACCAAAAAAUAAUAUCCCUUCAGAAUUGAAAAACUAUAUCAAAGAAUUCAAAGAGGCUCUUUUAAAGAUGAUGGCACCAAAAUAUGAAGAAAGAGCAAACUGGGAUGACGUUCAAAAACUUUUAAAUUUAACAAGAAAGACAUAUGAGUCUUUAACAAAGAAAAAAUAUGUACCUUCUGUUUCUAAAAAAUUAUUUACCUUAAAAGACGUUAGUAAGAGAGUCCUUCAAUGGUAUUCAAAUUUAUUAAACUCAAAUGAAGAUAUUAUAGAAAAUAAAUUCUUUGGAUAUUCUGAAUUAGUUUCUAAUAUCGAACAGAAUGAGCCAAAUCAAGAAAUGUUUGAUUUAACAUUGAGGCUUGUUGAAGACGUAUUAUUUGCUGCUAGUAAAAGAAGUGAUAACAAUUUAAUGUUGGACUGCAAGGCAAUCUUUGAAGUUCUUAAAGUAUAUCCAUUCAUUACAGACAAACAAAAGUCAAUGGUUGAGUAUCUUUCUUCACUUAUAAAUUGA